AUAAAAUCAAGUAGAGAAAAAGACGAGCGAGAUAAUCAUCAAAUAUACAGCCCAACCAUGUCUCAACUUUAUACCAAUAACACACCGGCCCAAGUAGCCGUUGCUGUGUCUCUAUCUAUCCUAACAGUGGCUAACGUAAUAGGAAACAUCCUGGUUACACUGAUCAUUCUGACCAAUAAAUCCAUGAAAUCACCAAUGAACUACCUCCUCGUCAACCUUGCUGUAGCUGAUAUAAUGGUAGGGAUAUUCCUUGCUCCACAGUAUGUUUUCAUCUCCUUUUUCAYUCAUCCUGACGGCGUUGCGGGAAAGAUAUUGUGCAAGGUGUUAACUGGUGGAUCRUUUGCUUGGAUAGGUGCUGUUGCUUCGUCAUUUACUCUCGUUUCUGURKCAUGUGAAAGAUAUUUUGYAAUCGUSCAUCCUUACUCUAUCAAGCUGAAACUAAAUAUGAAAAGGCUUAAAUUGAUCGUCAUCUUUUGUUGGCCUUACGCCUUGCUAUUUAACUUUCCUACAUUAUGGACACUUGACUUCAGYACAGAGGUACAGUCGUGCACGCAACAAUGGUCAAUGCAUCUCAUGUGGCUUUCUACUACUUACAGCACAUUWUGGUUGGUUUUUGUUGGAGUCAUUCCUAUUUCCAUCAUGUUUGUUCUGUACAGCAGAGUCAUCUACUCUCUUUGGUUCAAGCAACACCAAGUACAAGGUACACAACUAGCCUUGUUGAAGUCAAGGAAGAGAGUUACCAAGAUGAUGAUCAUUGUCAGUGUUGUAUAUGUUGUUUGCUGGCUUCCAAAUAUCUUGAUAUAUCUCUUUUCCAGUCAUGACACUGGACUCGUGUUGGCAAGUCUUCCAUAUGUAGCUAGCUUGGUGUUGGCUGCAUGUAAUUCCGCUAUCAACCCGUUCGUCUAUACUUUGCAGAGCGAAAGGUUUCGCCGUCUUUUGAUGGGGUUACUUCGAUGUACGAAACAACGCCAAAAUUGCAUUGCUGUUGUCAAUCAGGGAAAGUCUUCCAUCAAAAAGUGCAACAUUUCUGGACUCGAGCUCGUAGAUACGAAGAAGAAUGCCGAAUAA